AAAUGAGCUCUGACAGUAGUAGUGGUACAGUUUAACAGUAGCAGAUGCUCUAGCAGAGGGACGAUGGUCAGACAUAUGUUCUCCAAUCUCCUACUACUCUGGUCAAUCAGCCAUGACCUUUACAUAACCGGACUGACAUAUCACGAGCCAAAGGAGCAGUCCUGGAACAAACAGAAUCUCUUUUCUGUCCCUCUGGAUUUGGAUGUAAGGCUUAGAAGACUAGACCUGUCCAAUAACUUCAUCACACAGUUGCAUACACUUGCUUUGCCAUACUUGGAACAGCUGGACCUGAGCUCUAACCAGCUGGAUCUCAUCUCAGAGGGGGCUUUUGAAAACCUGGCUCGACUUGAGGAGUUGAAUUUGUCCAGAAAUGUGCUGAACAACAAUGUGGGCAGUAAUGGCAAAGCCCUCCAAUCCAUUAGUAGACUGAAGAGUUUGGACAUAUCCGUGAAUGGUUUGAGUGAUGAUGCUUUGGAACUGUACCUUAGAAACAAAUCAUGUCUUGAUGAACUGAAGAUGACUGGUAAUGUUUUAACAAGACUUUCACACAACUUGUUCAAAGAGAGUAAAGGUCUGAGGGCCAUUACUCUUGAUGACAAUCAGAUAUCGGUGAUAGAACAGGGGACAUUUGAACCACUGAGCCAGUUAGAGAUGCUAAACUUGGCCAAAAAUAACCUCGCUCAUAUCUGUGAUUUUAAGUUGCAUCAAGUUAAAUUUUUGAAUCUGAGUCGGAAUUCAGUAGAGUUCUUUGUUACGCGUGAGGAUGACCAGUUGUACAGGCUUGAAAUUCUUGAUCUAAGUCACAACAAACUUCUUUAUUUCCCAAUUGUUCCCAAAAUGAACAGUUUGAGGUAUCUUCAUUUACAGAAUAAUUUGAUUGGCGCCUUAAAUUCAGAGGCUACAAUGGUAUCCGAGGCCAAUGCUCUUUAUAAUGAGAUUAUAAAUGAGAAAAACGUUAGAAAAAAUGACCUUCACUCCAACUGGAGGCUGAUGCCACUGAUUUAUAUUGACCUGAGCUACAACCACUUCAGGUCCUUCCCACUGGAGACUUUGAGCCAUCUCUUAUCUUUAGAAACUCUGAAUUUCAGUUACAACUGUUUGCAAAACAUCACCUGGAACAUAAGGAAUGAUGAAUCUGGAUACCGUCGGCAGCUUUUCUUUCCCUCCUUAAAGUACCUCGACCUGCAAAGUAAUGGACUUGUAGACAUUUCUCCACUAUUUCUCAAUGCCCUCACGCAAAUAGAAACAUUAAAUCUACAAGACAAUUCUGUGCAACCUUGUGCUUCUGUGGACCAAUCAACCGUGCAAAUAAAUCGCAACACAUCCUGUGUUGUCUUUGGGCGGUUAAGGACUCUUAAACACCUCAAUCUUAAAGAAAAUAACAUCAAAAUGCUUCAACCAAACACAUUUUUAAAAAACUCUUUGGUUUCUUUGAACCUUGCGAGAAAUUCACAUAUGGGAAUGCAAGUGAGCUCAUUAGAAGGUGUGCAAAAGACUCUUCAGUCCUUGAUCCUCAGUGAAACAAACAUGACCAGCUCUGAUCUGUCUUUACCCUGCAUGCCCGUGUUAACUCACCUAAACAUAUCUAACAACCGUCUAGAUGUGAUGCCCAGCAGUUUGAGCUGCUCUCCUAUAAGAGAAAUUGACAUAAGAAAUAAUAAUUUUGUGUCUUUAAACCAUUCUUUGUUUCUUGCUUUAUCAGUGCACCUCAAUUGUAUGUAUAUUAGUGGAAAUCAUUUUAACUGUUGUGACAGUAAAUGGCUUACAAUCCUACACGAGUUGAAGGGAAAACUGCCUGAUGUCAGUGACACUGUCUGCUUCACAAGUGACAGUAACAUUUCAAUGACAGAGUAUGUGAGAAACCCUUCAGUGUAUUGUUUGCUACAUACAAGAGCACAGGAAAUCCACUUUGGAACAGUGAUCAUAAUUGUUUUAUUUGUAGCUGUGAUUUUAACAGUGUUCAUAAUAUUCACCAGGAAAGUGUGUGGCACACAGAGAUCAUUUAUAGUGUGAAAAAUCUGUUGUCAUUGGUUAAUUUAUAUGCACAUGGGUUAUACUGCAUACAGUAAGCAAAGCAGAUACAUCCGUGAGAAACUUGAACUAACUGAUGCAUAAAUCCUGUGUUCCUGUGUUUGCAUGAUCCAUUUUACUGUUAACAGAAGUGGCUGCUUGGAUUGUAAAAACUAAUCGUAUUAAUCUUGUAGAACAUGCAUUACGCUGUGUGAACUGUGCAGUGAAAAUAUUAUGAUUGAAAUUGGCUUUAUCGACUCCCAUCGUUGUUGCGUUAGGGUGCGUGCCAAAUCGCUAAUCAUGCGGCGAAUUGAUGAUUGUGAAAAUCCUUGAUUGUGAAAUGUUUGCUUGCAACUAUUUUUUUUGCCUUGGCUCAAAUUUUUAUGACAUCUGUUAGGCCUUGCACAACAUUCCUAUAAUCUGAACUCCUGAAGAAUUCAAUAAA